AUGGUGCCAAGUAACAUUCUGGCCAUGGGGAAUGGUUCGAUCAAAGCCCCUCGGCAGGAUGAAACAUGCUUGACCACGGGCAUUAAAGAGACAUCAGUGUGGGAGUCAUCUGAACAGCUGAGGUUAAGGAUUGCCUGGCUCGAGGAGGAGCUGACCCGGCGAGACCAUGAGCUUCGAGCUCAGGAGCUGCAGCUACAGAAUCUACAAAGAGAGCUUGAGGCCAAAGUGUCCCAGAUCGACAAGCUCAAGGAUGCCAUUGGCUACAAUAACCUGGGCUGUUCUCCACCAGUAAGGCACAGUCGCAGGCUGCUCAGUGUCAUCAAUCAGGGAUCAACCCGAUUCCACAAAGUGGCCAUUGAGGUGCAUCGCCGUCUCAAAGCCAAGGAGGGGGUUUCAGCUGAGCCUACAUCUGGAAAGUUUUACAGUGGCCACAGGGCCCAUCAUGUAUCCACAGAGAAAGCACGCAUCCGCAAAGAUUCUGGCACAAAGAAACUGAUAAAUGAGGCUAUCAUGAACAAUGACUUUUUGAAGAAGCUGGAGCCCCAGCACAUACGAGACAUGGUGGACUACAUGUAUGAGAAAAUCUUCACUUCCAACCAGAUGGUUAUUCAAGAGGGGGAACCUGGAAAUUACCUCUAUGUGAUUGCAGAGGGCUUGCUGCAGGUCAUGCAAAAUGGGAAGCUCCUGGGUCAGAUGCGGCCUGGGACAGCUUUUGGCGAGUUGGCUAUACUCUACAACUGCAAAAGGACUGCAACUGUUAAAGCUGUAACUGAGUCCCACAUCUGGGCUCUGGACCGACAGACGUUUCAGAGCAUCAUGAUGAAAUCAACUCAGGCCAGACAUGCAGAGUACUUCAGCUUUCUGAGAAGUGUGUCUUUAUUAAAGGACCUGCCUGAGGAAAAGCUUGCCCGAAUUGUUGACUGUCUAGAAAUUGAUUUUUUUGACAAAGGGGAGUACAUUAUUCGUGAAGGUGAGGAAGGAAACACUUUCUUCAUCAUAGCUAAAGGAGAGGUUUUAGUUACCCAGACCACAGAGGGCUCACCUGAGCCUCAGGAGAUCAAGACACUGGGGGUGGGAGAUUACUUUGGUGAAAAAGCCCUCAUAAGUGAGGAUGUUCGCUCAGCUAACAUUGUUGCAAAGGAGAAUGACACGCAGUGUUUGGUAGUAGACAGAGAUACCUUUAAUCAGAUGGUGGGGACCUAUGAGGAGCUGCAGGCGUACCUACAUGAAUAUGUGGAGCAGCUGUCUUUAAGUGAUGAGAGGAGAAAUGCUGUAACCCAAUCCCCAAUAUGUGGACCAGAGGCAACUGAACUGCGUAUUCUGCGAGAGAAAGCUGCACAUCUGUCCAAUAGCUCCUUUCUGCAUGAGCUGCACAUUGUGGCAACGUUGGGCAUGGGAGGCUUCGGCCGAGUGGAGCUGGUAAAGCUUAAAGAUGAAGAUACAGCUUUUGCUUUGAAGUGCAUUAAGAAGAAGCACAUUGUGGACACCAGGCAACAAGACCAUAUCUACUCAGAGAAGAACAUCCUGCUACAAACUAACUGCCACUUUAUAGUCAAAUUGUUCCGGACAUUCCGGGAUAGUAAAUAUGUGUACAUGCUGCUUGAGGUCUGUCUUGGUGGAGAGUUGUGGAGCAUACUAAGGGACAUGGGUUUCUUUGAGGAAGCCACUGCAAGAUUCUGUAUUGGUUGUGUAUUGGAGGCCUUUGAUUACCUACAUGGACAGGGUGUUGUUUACCGAGACCUUAAACCAGAGAAUCUACUUCUGGAUUCGGAAGGCUACGUUAAAAUGACUGAUUUUGGUUUUGCUAAGAGAAUUGGUUUGGGGAAGAAAACGUGGACAUUCUGUGGUACUCCAGAAUAUGUUGCUCCGGAGGUCAUCAUGAAUAAGGGUCAUGACUUUGGAGCUGAUUGCUGGUCAUUAGGGAUCCUUAUUUUUGAACUUCUCAUGGGCAGCCCUCCUUUCUCAGGAUCUGAUCCUAUUAAGAUCUACACAAUGGUGCUGCACGGCAUAGAAAAGGUAGAUUUUCCCAGAAGGAUUAGCAAGCGCCCAGAGGACCUGAUAAGGAGACUCUGCAAACUAAAUCCUGCAGAAAGGCUUGGCAAUAAGAAAAAUGGCAUAAUUGACAUCAAGAAACACAAGUGGUUUCAAGGCUUUAACUGGGAAGGACUGAGACAGUGCAAGCUGGUAUCUCCACUGAAGAGAGAGCUGAAGGGGCCUCUGGAUCACAGUUAUUUUGACAUGUUUCCCCCGGAGCUGGAGGAACCUCCUGAUGAACUUUCAGGCUGGGACAAAGACUUCUGAGAAACUUCUUAGAAUAUUCUGUUCCUUUAACAAGACAGUCUGGCUUAUGCAGGAGGAACCCUGAACUAAGAAGAGUAAAAGAAGCAGUCCGGCGUAAAUGAAGAAUAUGUGCAUUUGAGAUGUUAUUCUAAACUUAAACAUUUUCUAAAAUAACACACACAAAGUGACUUCUGUAAAUAAAAUGUAAAAACUACUAAUUUUAUCAUUAACAGUCUU